AUGACAAGAUUGCGAAAAUUUCAAAAAAAUACUGUGCAAAAUGAAACGGAAGCUACGAGGGGUAGGAAAGAUGGCGGUGGACAAGGUCGUGGACGUGGUCGUGGUCGUGGUCGUGGUCGUGGAAGUAAAAAUCAGUCUAUUGAAUCUUCCAAUGCAGGUGAUCGUGUUCGAAGUAACAAAAAACGAGCAAUUGAACGUCGUAGUGAAGCACACGAAGCACAAUCAUCGAAAUCAAGUCUUAAUGUUAUUACUAUUUCUGAAGAUGAACCAGAAUCAGCGCUCUAUGAUGAUGCACCCGAUGAUUUUAGUGUUUCAGAACAACCGCAACUCAAGGACAAGCCUUUUAAAUUAGAUUGUAGCGCAAUCAUUGAUAACUCCACAAAGAUUUAUGAAGACAGUCGUGAAAUAGAAUCAAGUCGAUCGAUAAAUAAAAAACGGGUUUUACCUACAAGUUCUAAAAAUAAACGCCAACGAUGUCAGAACAACAUCACCGAUUUACUUGAAGUCUCAGAAAGUGACGGUGAUGGUGAUAAUAUAGAAGAUAGCGGUGAAUCUUCCAAAAGCAAACCCGAAGCUUUAAAGGGGAUGAAAAAUGUUUUCGAAGUUUGUCAGUGGUUAAUAACGGAAAGACCGGAUAUAUUGGUAAUGGCGAAUCAGAUGUUAAAUGCCAUGAAUACAACGUUAGAUUCACCUCUUGUAAAUAAUAUGCCCACCUUUCCGAUGGCAAAGCCGACUGCAGUUAUACCAACAGACGAAGAAAAGUCACUUGCUCGACUUUGGCACGAGAAGAUUAAAUGUCUUUUUCUCAGAUGCAGAGCACCUACAGAUGAAGCUAUUGAAAGCCUUGUAAAAACAAUAUUUAAUUAUGAUCUCUAUAGUAAUAAUGCUGAAGAGGUCAUUUGCCAUUCUAAACGGGUUCUAACAGAUUUCCGCAGCAAGUUCAAUAAAAAAAUCGGUACAAAAGUACGUGAAUUCAAAGACAUACGAAUAAGGGAAGGACAAACAACUAUGCCAGUAAGAUCAGAAAUUGAGGAAUUCAUGACCUCCGAAGUUGUUGAGCAGAUACUACACAGAUAUCUAAAGGGCACCAACAAGGCUAAGCUUAAAAAAUAUGAUACUAUGGACCGACUUGUUUUAUUCGUUAGAGAGGCAUUUAGAGUACAUUAUACUAAAUACGAUGUCAAAGCUAUUAAGGAACUUGAUAAUAUUACAAUGGAUUGUAAAGUACCAAGUAGAUCUGGUAAAAAUAUUGCUUUAAAGCUUUCAUUAGAAUAG